AUGAUAAUCGUUGUUUUUCAAAUAACUUCAACACUUGAAAAUGAAAUCAUGUCUCAAGUGCUACGUGAAACGUGGAGAAAUAUUGCACAAAAUAAAUGGACUAGUUCAGUGAAUGAAAAAAGUUAUGAAUUGAGCAUCACAUCCACUUCCUCUACUACAACGACAGCUACAACUACUACUACGACCAGUACAACAACUACUACAACAACGACAGCAACAACUACUACAACAACCACUACUACAACGACAGCAACAACUACUACUACAACGACAUCGACAACGACAUCGACGACAACCACUACCCCAACUCUGCUAUUUAUCUUAGGCAACACAGUGAUGUGGACGGGAUCUUAUUGUCAAACAGCUGUUCGUAUUUUUUGGAGCUUCGACAAUACACUGCAGGAUCUGUACAACAAUUUUAAUGGAGUCGGCAGCAACGGACCCACAUAUACUUCACCCGGUUACAAUGGAGCCGGUGCGUGUCUUUGGUUAAAUCAAGCAUCGAGUCAAUCAGUAUCAAUUACUUCGCCGAUUCUCAAUAUCACUUAUACAUCGUUUACAUUUGAAGUGUGGCUGUAUCCAAAUACGCUCUAUAACGGCAAUCCAUACACAGAUAAUUCCAUUUUCGGUCAAUGCCAGCAACAAGUUGUGGACCAAUGCCUUCACAUUGUCAUUCGCAGUCAAAAAGCAUAUUUCGGAUUUUUUGGCGAUGAUCUUGUGGGAAAUCAGGCAUUCACUCCGAAACAGUGGUAUCAUGUGGCAUACAUUUAUGACUAUUCGACUCAGACACAGUUUGUCUAUGUGAACGGUUAUUUGGAUAAUUCACGCAGUUCAGCCGGACCCUACCAAGGCAUAUCAGGUGCGUUGACUAUUGGUACGACCAGCGCCCAAGUGUCGAAUAACUUUUUCGAUGGUUGUCUCGAUUCAGUCGCCUACGUUAGUCGUGCAAAGAAUGCUUCGGAAGUAUUGGACGAUGCUACUCUUGUUGCGUAUCUAUCCUUCGAUAGUAAUAGUCUUCUUGAUAGUGGCCCAUUGCUGAUUAACGGCACAGGAACGAACUAUUCUUACACAUCAUCGGGUCGAGUUAAUGCUGGUAUUUCACUUUCUGGCAACGCAUCUUACAUUCAAAUCACAGGUCUGACACGUAUAGGUACAAACAGUUGGCCAUAUACGGUUGCAGUUUGGAUCAAUCCCACAAAAAUUUCUGGCGGAACAAUCAUGCAUUUGAGUAGCCUAAUAGAUGGGGCGCAACCCAAUGCAUGGUGCCUACCUAUCAUGGGUUUCACUUCAAUGGGACAGAUAGCGAUCAAUAGCUGGAAUAGUUCCAAUGUUCCUAUCACCGGAUCUAUUGUUCAGGUCAAUUCGUGGACUCAUGUUGCAGCGACCUAUUCAUCGAGCAAUGGGGAAAGAUUGUACGUCAAUGGUAUUCAAUAUGGUUCAUCGGUUGCCUAUAAUUUUGCCGCCGGUGGUGUUCCCAUGACGAUUACACUUGGUAGUUCGCUGCUUGGCACGGGAGUUUGUAAUACAGGUACGAUACAGAUGGGCCAAUAUAACGGUUUGUUGGACGAGUUUCGAGUCUAUGCGCGUGAACUUUCAGCAGCCGAAAUAUCUGCACUUGCUAAUCCAUAA